CUGGUCAUUACAGAACUGGGCCGUAUAAACCUGGCCAUUACAGAACUGGGCAAUAUAAGCCUGGUCAUUACAAAACUGGGCAAUAUAAAGCUGGUCAUUACAGAACUGGUCAAUAUAAACCUGGCCAUUACAGAACUGGGCAAUAUAAGUCUGGUCAUUACAAAACUGGUCAAUAUAAACCUGGUCAUUACAGAACUGGUCAAUAUGAACCUGGUCAUUACAAAAAUGGAUAAUAUAAACCUGGGCAUUACAGAACUGGGCAAUAUAAACCUGGGCAUUACAGAACUGGGCAAUAUAAACCUGGGAAUUACAGACCUGGGCAAUAUAAACCUGGGAAUUACAGAACUGGGCAAUAUAAACCUGGGAAUUACAGAACUGUGCAAUAUAAACCUGGUAAUUACAAAACUGGGAUAUAUAAACCUGGGCAUUACAGAACUGGACAAUAUAAACUUUGGCAUUACAAAACUGGCAUAUAUAAACCUAGACAUUACAGAACAUGGCAAUAUCAUUAUUAGCUAG